GGCAGCCCGGGCCUGAGCUCCGCCCUCCGCUUCCCUCGCUACCUCCUCCCGCCUCCGCCGCUCGCUCGCUCCCUCCCCCCGGCCGGCUCGGCGCUGACUCCGCCGCACGCUGCAGCCGCGGCUGGAAGAUGGCGGGGAACGACUGCGGCGCGCUGCUGGACGAAGAGCUCUCCUCCUUCUUCCUCAACUAUCUCGCCGACACGCAGGGUGCGGGGUCCGGGGAGGAGCAGCUCUGCGCGGACUUUCCAGAGCUUGACCUCUCCCAGCUGGACGCCAGCGACUUCGACUCUGCCACCUGCUUCGAGGAGCUACAGUGGUGCCCCGAGGGCUCCGAUACCGAGCCCAGCCAGUACAGCCCCGACGACUCGGAGCUCUUCCAGAUAAUCGAUGGUGAGAAUGAGGCCCUCCUGGCGGCGCUCUCCAAGACCCUGGAUGACAUCCCCGAAGACGAUGUGGGUCUGGCUGCCUUCCCAGCCCUGGACGGUGGCGACGCACCUUCCUGCACUUCAGUUUCACCUGUCCCCUCAUCUGCGCCCCCCAGCCCCUCCCUGGAGAGCCCCCCAGCCCCUGCCCCUGAGGUGGACGAGCUCUCACUGCUGCAGAAGCUCCUGCUCGCCACUUCCUACCCAGCAUCAAGCUCUGAAGCCCAGAAGGAGGGGACAUCCUGGCGCCGGGCAGGCCUCAGGUCCAAAAGCCAGCGGCCAUGUGUCAAGAUGGACAGCAUCCAAGAGAAGAAGGCCCCCACGAUGCAGUCUCAGAGCCGGAGCUGUACAGAACUGCAUAAGCACCUCACCUCGGUGCCGUCCUGCCUCCAGGCUAAAGCCCGCUCCCCAGAGAGGGGCCUGCAGCCACCAGCCCCCCUGAGUCCUCGGCUCCCUGCCAAGGAGGAUGAGGAGCCGUGCAAGGACUGCCCGAGCCCCCAGCCAGCUCCAGCCUCUCCCCGGGAGUCCCCAGCACCAGGUGGGGCAGGCCCCAGCGCCCAGGUUUCCACGGAGGACAUGCAGGCGAUGGUGCAGCUCAUUCGCUACAUGCACACCUACUGCCUCCCUCAGCGGAAGCGGCCCCUACAGGCCCCAGAGCCAGCCCCUCAGCCCUGCAGCAACCCCUCCAAGCAGGUCAGACCCUGGGCCCGGUCCCAGCACCCGUCCAAAGCCGCCUGGGCCGAGUUUUCCAUCCUGAGGGAACUUCUGGCUCAAGAUGUCCUCUGUGAUGUCAGCAAACCCUACCGCCUGGCCACGCCUGUCUACGCCUCCCUCAGGCCCCAGCACAGGCCCAAGGACAGCCCGGCCUCCCCUGGCCGCCCGGCCUCCGUGGAGGAGGUGAGGGUCGCGGCUUCGCCCAAGAGCAUCGGGCCCAGUCCCAGCCUGCGCCCUCUGCGGCUGGAGGUGAAAGGUCGUGUCAGCCGGUUGGCCAGGCAGAAGCAGGAGGAAGAAGAGGAGGAUGAGGAGGAGGAAGAAGAAAAAGAAGAGGAGGAGGAAGAAGAGUGGAGCUGGAAAAGGCCGGGCAGAGGCUUGCCGUGGACCAAGCUGGGAAGGAAGCCGGAGAGCUCGGUGUGCCCCGUGCGGCGUUCCAGGAGACUGAACCCGGAGCUGGGCCCCUGGCUGACCUUCACCGAUGAGUCGCUGGUCCCCUCGGAGCCGCAAGGAGCUCUGUCCUCACUGCAUCUGGCUCCGGAGGCCUAUGACACAGGGGGGGAGCUGGGCAGUCCCACAGAUGAGGACAGUGGCCAAGACCAGCAGCAACCCCAGGGACCCCAGACCCCGGCUCUGGAGAGCCCCUGUGAGAGUGGGUGUGGGGACGCGGAUGAGGACCCCAGCUGCCCGCAGCUCCCUACCAGAGACUCUCCCAGGUGCCUCAUGCUGACCUUGUCACAAAGUGACCCUCCUUUUGGCAAGAAGAGCUUUGAGCAGACCUUGACGGUGGAACUCUGUGGCACAGCAGGACUCACCCCACCCACCACGCCUCCAUACAAGCCCACAGACGAGGACCCCUUCAAGCCCGACAUCAAGCACAGCCCAGGCAAAGACAUGGCCCCCAGUCUCCCCACCCUAAAGGGCCUCCAGCUCGGGGCUGCCACAGGGGCGGCUCCCAAGCUGCCCAAGAAGCACCCGGAGCGGAGUGAGCUCCUGUCCCACCUGCGGCAUGCCGCAGCCCAGCCAGCUGCCCAGGCCGGCCAGAAGCGCCCCUUCUCCUGGUCCUUUGGAGACCAUGACUACUGCCAGGUGCUCAAGCCAGAGGGUGCCCUGCAGAGGAAGGUGCUGAGGUCCUGGGAGCCAUCUGGGGUCCACCUUGAGGACUGGUCCCAACAAGGUGCCCUGCAGGCUGAGGCGCAGGCCUCAGGCAGGGAGGAAGACAGAAGCUGUGAGGCAGGGGCAGCUGCAAAGGACAGUCUGCUGCUGAGAGACCAUGAGAUCCGCGCCAGCCUCACCAAGCACUUCGGGCUCCUGGAGACUGCCCUGGAGGAUGAAGACCUGGCCUCCUGCAAGAGCCCCGAAUAUGACACUGUCUUUGAGGACAGCAGCAGCAGCAGUGGCGAGAGCAGCUUCCUCCUGGAGGAGGAGGAGGACAAUGAUGAGGACUCAGGGGUCAGCCCCUCUCGCUCUGACCACUGCCCCUACCAGAGCCCACCAAGCAAGUCCAGUCGGCAGCUCUGUUCCCGCAGCCGCUCCAGCUCUGGCUCCUCGUCCUGCCGCUCCUGGUCACCAGCCAUCCGCCGGACCUUCAGAUGUGAGAGCAGAGGGCCGUGUUCAGACGGAACGCCAGGCGUCCGGCACGCCAGGAAGCAGCGGGAAAAAGCUAUUGGCGAAGGCCGUGUGGUCUAUGUUCGAAAUCUCUCCAGCGACAUGAGCUCCCGCGAGCUGAAGAGGCGCUUCGAAGUGUUUGGCGAGAUUGUGGAGUGCCAGGUGCUGACGAGAAGCAAGAGGGCCGAGAAGUAUGGCUUCAUCACCUAUCGGUGUUCUGAGCACGCCGCCCUCUCUCUGAGGAACGGCGCAGCCCUGCGGAAGCACAACGAGCCCUCAUUCCAGCUGAGCUGCGGAGGACUCCGGCGCUUCUGCUGGCCCAGGUACACUGACUAUGAUUCCAAUUCAGAAGAGGCCCAUCCUGCGUCAGUGAAAAACAAGUACGAAGCCAUGGAUUUUGACAGCUUGCUGAAGGAGGCCCAGCAGAGCCUACAUUGAUAACAGCCUUAACCUUCGAGGAAUACCUCAAUACCUCAGACAAGGCCCUUCCAAUAUGUUUACGUUUUCAAAGAAAAUAAGUAUAUGAAAAGGAGAGAGAGCGAGCGUGUGAGAGAACACACAUGAGAGAGAGAGAGAGAGAGAGAGAGAGAGACUUGAAACUGCUGUCCUUUUAAAAAAAAUCAAUGUUUACAUUGAACAAAGCUGCUUCUGUCUGUGAGUUUCCAUGGUGUUGACGUUCCACUGCCACAUUAGUGUCCUCGCUUCUGACGGGUUGUCCCAGGUGCGUCUCCAAGUGCUGGGUCAGUCGCCCACCUCCCCUCCUUCCCGACCGACGUCCCCUCGUAGACGUGCAGCCGUGUUUGCCAUAACAUUUCUUGUCUGUAGUGCGUGAUGAUGAAAUUGUUACUUGUGAAUAGAAUCAGGAUUAUAAACUCAUUUUUAAUUGAAGAAAAAAAUAAGUAUAUCCUUAAAAUAAUGUAUUUAUGGCUCAGAUGUACUGUGCCUGGGGUUAUUGUAUUGCUUCCUUGAUUUUUUAACUAUGCACUGUCGUGAGGUGUUUGCCACUGAGCUGCUCUGCUCCCUUCGCGAGGAUGACCCAGAGGUGCUGUGGGGCCGGGGAAGUACGGCCUGCAGCCACAACAAGCAACAGAGGAGAGAUGUUUCCGGGCCUUUUCUGCCAAGCCCUGCCCUGUCUCUCAUCAAGCAAGUUUGGGUCCAAUUACAUCCAGAGCCCUCAUCUGGUACCCAGCUCAGACUUAAGCGCUCCUGCCUGGCCAUGAGUCCUCAGAUCUUCAGGAAGGCAGGCAGUUCCUCGAGAGGUAAAAUGACUUGCCCGAGGUCCCACAGCCAGCCGGUGAGAGGGCAGGGCAGUGGCCCAGCCCGGGCCUCCCGAUUCCAGGCCUCACGCUCCUGCAGCAGCUCGGGUAACGAUGCAGAGCUUCAGGGCUGGGAGAGCCGAGUUCAGCUAAACUGGGCAACAGACUAGAACCCUGCAGGCUCAUUGUGGGGGUUAAGUCAACAGCUGAUUCACCAGCAUUAGGUGAGUUUCCAUCCUAGCAUGUGUUUCCAUCCAAGGGGCCCUGUGGUUUGCCUAUGCCUGUGGCCUUGCCAUCAGAUCUCCAGUGACACACCUGGAGUGUCACGGACAGGUGAUCUGGGAGCAGUCAUCCUUUUCGGGCCAGUCACCAACCCAUCUUACUCCCUUCAGUUUGUCCUUCCUUUCCUCAGCUGCGAAGUUGUUUGGGUGGCACGGGACAGGGAAGCAGGAAGAGGAUGUGAGGGUUGGGGGUGGAUAAAACAAUCUCCAAGCUCCUUUUCAACUUAGAAAACAUUCUGAUUGGCCUUUACUUGAAAAUGUGUGUUCUCGAGUGGUAUCAAAGCCAUGUCCAGCUUGGAUGAUCUGCAGGUGCCUUGGGGGCCAUUCUUGAGAGAGAGCAUGGCAGGCGGGCCGUGAGCAUGUGGCUUCUGCUUCAGUAAGAGCAGCUCCACCCUGACUGCUUUCAGGCAUCAGUGUUCCUUGGUAAAUGUUUGUAUUUUAAAAAGCAAAGGGAAAGGGUCCUGCUGCUUUAACAAAGUUUGAAAUUGACUCAUUAAACUAAACAAGCUAAGUUAACCUAUUGCUAAUGUCAGGCUUACUCCUUUGGGAAUUGAUAGUUGAUUUUUUUUUUUUUUUUAAGAUUUUCAAAUACCUCAGUAGGUAAACUGAGCCAGCCGAUGAGCUUGUCCUGGGUGGUGAGCCUAUUCCAAGCCUGCAGAGAAGGCUGGAGGGAACAGGGAGCCUGGGGGGGAAUUGGACAAGUUGGUCUCCAAGGUCCCUGCCAGCUCUAACAGUCUUAACCUCUGCUAAGGCAAUUCUAGCUCAAGAUGGCACAUACACAGCAUUUGCCCCAUUAUAGCCACACCCUUGGCCAGUGGCAGGCGUAACUAGUUGACUACAGCACUCAUGUUCUUUGAGGCUGGUCUGCUAUUAACACACUUUGUAACGUUCAUGAGUUUUCUCAUUUUUCACGUGCCAUCUCUUAUGGACUUUAGAUGUCAACACACUGUCUUGUCCACAUCGAAUGAAGCGAUCUCAUUGGCGGAAACUGUGCAGGUCAAUCUAUGAAAAACUAUAUAAUUGCACAAACCCAUAAAGCAUUGCAGUUACAUUGUAUUUUGGUCAUUCGACCCUGGCGUAUGUCUUAAGAGAUUUCUGUGUGAUACGCAGUGUGUUAACAUCCUCAUCAUAGUGCUCUGGGCAGACAUUACUAAUUGAUUAGAGUUUAACCUAUUUGACAUCUUGGUCUAAUCUUCUAAAGGUUUCCAUCACAUAUUAAUAUGGUGGCAGGGUUUCAUGCUGGCCCAUUCCUGUCUGUCCUGUCCUGAUCUGUGAGAGAAAAUUUCCCUAAAGCCAUUCCUUGGCACAGGACUCCCGCUAUUACUGUGACACACAGUCCCAUUUGGGGUAGGGGUAGAGAGCAGAAUAGUGGACUUGAACAUGUUUGGGGGAGGCAGGGUGUAUGAGGAUGGACCAGACAAGGGACGUUGCACAGCACAGACCCGAACAGUCUAAAUUCCUUUUAUAGUUAUUCACUGCCUAGCACACAGUAGGCACACAAGAAAUGGUUAUGGAAUGGAAUUUAAAUCCAUCUGCUGCCUCCCCCGAGUCCUCAUUUUCACCAAGUAGUAACAGAUUUCACCCCGUGGAAGCCGGUAGGAAAGAACUCUAGAUUCAGAGUUGGACUAGAUCAUCUCUAGCCCCACUAUUGGCUUCUUUUUCAAUUGCACUAGAGGUUCUACCGUGGGCAAGUGGUCCUUUAGGGUAAAAAAAAUGAAGAUUUUUAGUGAGGGACAAGUCUCUCCCGUCUUCCGAGUCAGAUGAAGCUGUCCUUUCACUUCAGAUCAAUAGAGGGCUCUUGAAGCGAUUUAGCCUUGGCCCUUGAGCAGAGCAGAGAUCUGAGCAUGGCAGUGGGACGCGAUGGGCCUAAGGUCAGAGCUGGGGGCUGCUGAUGGGAGAGGAUGCCUGCCAAGGACAUCCAACGGUUUCUGCUCACCGUCCCGUACAAAAAAGACGACAGGUUCUAAAGCUGACUGGCCCUGCAGACCACCUCUGUCCAGAAGACCCAUUCGGUGCUGCGUAUUACUUACCAAGGGGACUCCAAGGCCUCUCCAGAAAAACUAGUCAACCUUGGUCUCUUUCCCACCAACUUAAGGAGUAACCCAGAGGGAGCAGCUGCCAUUGGCAACCAUCUCGUCGUAGCUCUGUCCUAGUAUUUGCUCUCGAUGAUGUUUACAUGUGAUUGCCAUAAAGCUUCCUGUAGACUGUUGGCAGCUGCCCAUGCCGGGCAGGUUGUACCAUCCAUCUCUGUGCUGUGCUGGUGUUUUCCAAAAAUAUCCAAUCCAAUCGCUAAGUGGAAUUCUUCCAUCUCCUUCUUCAGUCGGUACGAGGCUGAAUCAGAAUCCUCACUCUCGGGGGCUCUGGUUGCUGAAGGAAAAUGCAUCAAAGAGGUCAGAGAUAUGAGUGGAUGAAGUGUAGCUAAGGCCCCGACCCCCUGACCCCUCCACACUUUGUCCCCCCAUCAGAAAACUGCUUGGAGUCAAGAAGCACCAUUUGGGUGUGAAGCGUCUACUGUGAAGCCUGGCAGCAUUGCUUGUGGGAUGUGCUCAGGGGAGGGGCAGGGCUUCAGGGGAUGCGGGGGCAGGGGAGGGAGAGAGAGGAAUGCUCUGAGCUCAAACACUCUACCUGAUGCAGACAGAUGAUGCAAUGAGAAGCUUUCAUUGCCUAAAGCCCAUGCUUGUUGAUGUUCUGAGAGUGACUUCUAGGUGUAUGCAACCCGCAUGCCCAGGCCACUGUGUGGGUGGGGAAUGGGGGAGAGCAGAAGACACUGACAGGGAGAUUCUUAUGUCUGGACAGGUAGGUCAGAACCCCAUCCCAGGCCUCAGGUUCCAUUGAAAUCACAGCGGAGCCUGGAGCAGGAGAGAGGGGUCAUCCCAACGGUGAAGCAGAAACCACUCUAUAGGAUCUGUUGAUCUGACUUGACACCAAAACUGCAGUGAUUUUCUUAGCGUUUGAGAUUUGAGAUAGCACAGUGACCCUCAGAUAUGAUCAAGGAAGGAAAUUGGAUGUAUAGUAGCAAAUAAAGUGAACCUAAUGGUUUCACUGGCCAAAGAAGAGGAACCCCCUUACCCGUUCCCCUGGGGGCAGAAAGGAAACUGCUAAAUACUUAUGUACAAUAUGUUUAAGCUGGCCCCCAAGCCCCCGAGGCAUUUGCACACACAGAUGGGCUCCGGGGCUGUUUGCCAGUCCGGAGGUACAGGGUAAAUGGAGGGAGAGCUUGGGAGCUGGGAAGCCCAUGCGCACAGAGAUGCCCUUGGCCCAAAAGAGAUGAUGGGCGUGGAGGGAGAGCCCCUGGGAGCCCACUGCAUGACACCCAGGAAGUAGGCAGAGGCUGAUUUUGCAUUGAACAAAUAAAAGCACUUUGAGAAAACUGCCACACUUCAGCCUGCCUCCAUAUGUCUACACUGACAAAUGUGGGUCUCCUCGGGCUGUGUGAGCAAUUCUCCUAGGCACAGGGAAAGGGCGUCAGGGAGGGGCAGGGAGCAGAGGAUCUUCCAAGAGGGGAGCAGCAAGAGAGCCUACCCUAGGGCUAGCCCUUUGCUGGCCUCUUUGUUGGAGGCCCUAGAAACGGAACAGUGAAUUUAGAUCUUGGUACCUAUUUUUUUUUUUAAUAAAAAAUUAAAACAGCCCAGCUUAUUGAAAUGGAUUUGCAGACCAAGUCAUUUAACUAUAAGCCAUCUCGGAGUGGGAGAGCCGACGUUUCUUCCCUGCUACGUGGUCCUGGGCCUCUGUUUCCUCAUCCAGCCAUGGAGAAUAUUGGAGAGGGUGAACAGUCAAGUCCCUUUCUUCUCCGAUAGGCUUGGAUUCCCUUCUCUGGCCAUGCCCAGCUCACGUUCAGGGUGAAGUGCUCUGCAAGGCAACCAACCAGCAGCAGGUUCAAACCCACAUGGUCCUGGCAGAGCUACCUUAUACCAGGAGGCCAGCUCCCCGGGACAGAUCUAAGCCAUAGUUUCCAGGUGGGAUGGUGAGAAGUUCAGCCCCGGCUCAGCUAGGUGGCGAUGUCGAACCUCACUCAGCCUCCUCAUCCUCCCCACCAAACAACUAUUAACCUGAAUGUCCUGACCACUUGGCUGUUUCCCUCUUGCUGUCAGACAAUACUAGCAAUACAUUGUUUUUUCCAGAACAGCUUAACUUAGGCACUUUUCACACAUUUCUUUUAAGUGAUGGUAAAACAUAGAGGGCAACAGGAGGCCUCGAUCGCACUGCACAUGUUGAGGGCAGCUUUCUUUUUUUUUUUUUGUUUUGUUUCUUUAACGGUGACUGAAGCUUCUUCCUGAUGAGGGGGGCAGAUUAUCAGAUACUCUUUUGUCAGAAUCCCUUGCACAUCCGGAAGCAGCUCAGAAACCCAACUGCCCAAAGGGAGGGCUUAGAAAAACACGGUCUUGUAGUGGUCCGUUCCUGGGCUGUGCAACAGCACCUCGAAGAGGUGUUUAUAUAGCUAGAACCUCCUCUGCUGUAUUUUUUGUCAAAGGAUCCUUCAAGGAAGCCUAAUAAAGCCUCCUUUUCCACUUUGCUGGCCUUGCUCUGGGUGACUUUUGAAGGGAUUGGUUCGCUUCCACUUCAGCACUUUGCCUUAUCAACGUCUAGUCGCCAUCUAGUGGCCAAAGACUGUAUCCACCAGCUACCCAGAUGGAAGGCAAGUAAAUCCUUUCCGCCACCUUGCUGUCCAACACCCGCUUUGGGAAUGAAACGUAAAUGUUGUGAGUGAACUGUCUGUAAUAUUUAGAGCCCAGCGAACACCGCUCAGGAGAAUGAAGAAGCAAUUACACAGAUGCACACAGACUGAGAAGCGCACUAGCUCUCCUGUGGGCAGAGGAGAUAGGGGUGAACCCUGCGUCCAGGUGCCCAGGAGGGGUUUGCUGUAACCGCAAUACUGGCAGCCGAGCUGCUGACCUUCUUAAGUGAACCUCUGCUAGGUGGGCCGCACCGUACCCUCGGGACAAGCAAAGAGGCUGGGGGUCAGGAUUCUGCGUGCGGGCUGGCCAUGGCCUUUGAUGGGGUCCACCAAAUAGCCAAACAGGUUAUAUAUAUAUAUAUAUAUAUAUAUACACACACACACGCACACACACACACACAUAUAUAUAAAUUUUUUUGUUGUUAGUUUGUUUUUGUUUCUCUAUUUUGUAUUUAAAAAAUCUUGUCAAGUGUUUUUGUGUUAGGAAUAAAAAGUCAUAAACUAUUCCCAACUUUGUUUCUUGAGGGAUGUUCUGAUUCUGAUGGAAACAGGUUGGAAAUCUCAAGGGGCGUGGGGUCAGGGUGGUCAGGAAAACAGGGAAGUGGACCACUUGGAUUUCCAGAUGGCCUCCGGGGAAGACGGCCAUCCCGAAGUCGGGCUCGGUGCAGUCUGCUCUGGGAAGUCACACCGCCCCUUCACCUCCUUGUGCCACGGCAUUAGCAUUGGCUUGGAGCGUCUGCUUCCAGAGCAGCUGCUCAUGGUGAAACCAACGUCAGCUCUCUCUCCCCAACCCCAGGUUUCUAAAGAGACAGUAUUUGCAGAUAGCCUUAAUCGACUGGGUGAGGUGGUCCCUAUGGUCCCUUCCAGCAUUUCCAAAUCUUGGACUCAAAUUAUUUUCUCUUGGUGUGACCAUGCAGCCUAGAGAAUUCCGAGCAAUAGGAAGCCAGGGCUUUCCCCAGCUCUGCGACAGGGUCAAAGCAGGGAAUGGCUAACCUUGUGAGGUUUGGGCAUCCCCAGGGGUACUCCAUAGGGGGCAUUAUUUACUGGGAAGCUCAACAAGGUAACUACAGCCUGGGGUGCGUGAGCGCAAGGCUGCGUGUGUGUGUGUGUGUGUCUGUGCGCGCGUGCACCCGCAUGCCCGUCUGUGUGUGUGGGGGGAGGGAUUACAUUGAUGCAUUUCUUGAGAAAGGUGCAAGAAUUUCACCUACACAGAGGGACACAUCGCUUUGUUAUUUAUAAUAGAAAGCUAAAUUUUAAUUUUUUAAAGGACACUGCUAAUGAUUGGGAAUCGAGUUUUUAGUUUUGCUAUUUUUUUUAAUUGGUAGAGGAUUUUUAUAUAUUUUUUCCAUUUUGUUGGGUUGUGUCCUUAUUUAUAUAAAUACUUUAUCUGUAAGAGGCAAGGAAGAAACCUUCCUUGCUUUUAAUUAUUGUGGUUGUCAUUGUCCCUGUUUUAUUUCUGCUGUGAUUUAUCUGUCUUACCUUCUAAAUGAGAAAAUGUUUUCCUGUAUUUGUACAUUGUCAGAUUCUAUAGUUUCAUAGAUAAUUUAACCAAAUUGCUCUAUGUAUUAUUAUCCUGUGAGUAUAAAGUUCUAUUUUAACCUCUGUAAAUACUUCAGAACUGGCUUCUUUUCUCAGACUCCCACUGUGGAGUUAUUGUUUACAUCACAAAAACUGUAGAAUCUCUAUGCUCAUGUACUGUAAAUAGUGAAGUGAUCUGCUUAUAAAUAAACUUAACAAAUACACUAUGGAGAUUAAAAAGGAAACACCA